AUGGCUACCUCGUACCAAGACCGUUGCGCUCAAAAGCGUGCUGACCAAUUCUCCCUCAUCCUCCCCGAAUGGCGCUUAGAUCCCGUUCCCUCCAUAGAAUCCGCCCCAGACGCUUUGAGAUAUCUGCGUCGCAUUCUCAGUCCAGAGGAACUGGCUCUCACAGAAGAGACCGAUAUCGCCGUCCUUCUCCGCAAGCUUUCAUCCGGAGAACUCUCAUCUCUAAAGCUGACUCAAGUCUUCGCUAAACGUGCCGCCCUCGCCCACCAACUCACAACAUGCUGCACAGAGAUCUUCUUCGAGGAAGCCUUCGCUGUUGCACAGGAACUAGACGACUACCUCGCUAAGACGGGGAAGACUAUCGGUCCUCUCCACGGAUUACCAGUAUCCAUCAAAGAUUUAUUCUCCGUUCAAGGAGUAGACACUUCAAUCGGCUGGGUCGGCCUCACCAACAACCCAGCAAAAGCAGACAAAUCCGUAGCGCGCACACUCCGCCGUCUCGGCGCCGUCCUCUACGUGAAAACAAAUCUGCCCCAAUCAAUGAUGAUGUCUGAUUCUUACAACCAUGUCUUCGGUCAAUGUGUUAACCCCUUCAACCGCGAGCUGAUUUCCGGUGGGAGUUCCGGCGGCGAGGGUUCGCUUAUUGCUGCCCGUGGAAGCGUGCUUGGUAUUGGUACGGAUCUGGGUGGUUCGAUUCGUAUUCCCGCGGCAAUUUGUGGACUUUAUGGGUUAUCGCCUAGUCCGGGAAGACAUCCGUAUGAGCGGGGGAACCCCGGACAAGAUAUUGUGAGAUCCGUUGCUGGGCCCAUGGCCUGUACUAUUGCAACUAUUGAAAGGUAUAUGGAGGUUUUGCCGGAGGCGAAGCCAUGGGAGGUUGAUCAGCAUGUUGCUCCUGUGGCGUGGAGGAGAGAGUUAGCUUCUCCUGGAGCGAAGAGACUAAGAAUUGGAUUUUUGGUUGAUGAUGGUGUUGUUAAGGUUCAGCCACCGAUUGCAAGGGCUAUGCGUGAAGUUAUUGAGGCGCUGAAAGCGGCGGGGCAUGAUGUGUUUGAGUGGGAUGCCUCCUCGCAUAGUUAUGCAUACGAACUCUGGGCAAAGGCCAUCUUCUCUGAUGGCGGCGAGGGCUGUCGGCGACAGAUAGAAAAGACAGGCGAGCCGCUUGUUGAGGGUAUGCUCGUUGGUAAACCCGAGGAUACCUUGACUACCAGUCAAACGCACCAACUUAAUGCGGAUAAAUAUAAUUUCGAAUCGGCAUAUUUGGAUAGAUGGAUAUCCUCCGAUCUCGACGCUUUGAUCAUGCCCAAUACUUCAUGGGUAGGAUACAAGCCGUGGACGUGGGUGAAGUCCAGUGCAUAUGUGGGUUACACGAGUAUCUGGAAUUUACUUGGAUAUGCUGCGUUGGCAGUGCCGGUGACUACUGCUUCAAGGACGAAGGAUGUUCCAGAUGAAGAGUGGCUAGCCCAUGUUCCGAGGAAUGAUGGUGAUAAGUUUAAUAAGGAGCAAUAUGAUAUCAAUCUGGUCGAGGGUAUGCCUGUUGGAAUACAAGUUGUUGGGGGCCGGUUUGGUGAAGAGAAGUGUGUUGCUGUGGCUAAGGCCAUUGAACAGGCUAUGCAGAGGAAGAUUCCCUCGCGGGCAAAUCUUUGA